GUCUCUGGCCUGUCAGGAGGACCCUUGGUGCUGCGGUGGAAGCCAGUGGCUAAGUCUUGUGUAUGGCGUGGUUAAGGUUGCAGCCUCUCACCUCUGCCUUCCUCCAUUUUGGGCUGGUUACUUUUGUGCUCUUCCUGAAUGGUCUUCGGGCAGAGGCUCGUGGUUCAGGAGAUGUGCCCAGCACAGGGCAGAACAAUGAAUCCUGUUCAGGGUCAUCGGACUGUAAAGAGGGUGUCAUCCUACCCAUCUGGUAUCCGGAGAACCCUUCCCUUGGGGACAAGAUUGCCAGGGUCAUUGUGUAUUUUGUGGCCCUGAUAUACAUGUUUCUAGGGGUGUCUAUCAUUGCUGAUCGCUUUAUGGCCUCUAUUGAAGUCAUCACCUCUCAAGAGAGGGAGGUGACUAUCAAGAAGCCCAAUGGAGAGACCAGCACAACCACUAUUCGGGUCUGGAACGAGACUGUCUCCAAUCUGACUCUUAUGGCCCUGGGUUCCUCUGCUCCUGAGAUACUCCUCUCUUUAAUUGAGGUGUGUGGUCAUGGAUUCAUUGCUGGGGAUCUGGGACCGUCCACCAUUGUAGGCAGUGCAGCUUUCAACAUGUUCAUUAUCAUUGGCAUCUGUAUCUAUGUGAUCCCUGAUGGAGAGACACGUAAGAUCAAGCACCUACGAGUCUUCUUUGUCACUGCUGCUUGGAGUAUCUUUGCCUACAUCUGGCUCUAUAUGAUCCUGGCGGUCUUCUCCCCUGGUGUGGUCCAGGUCUGGGAAGGUCUCCUCACUCUCUUCUUCUUUCCAGUGUGUGUCCUUCUGGCCUGGGUGGCAGAUAAACGACUGCUGUUCUACAAAUACAUGCACAAAAGGUACCGCACGGAUAAACACCGGGGAAUUAUCAUAGAGACAGAGGGUGACCACCCCAAGGGUAUUGAGAUGGAUGGGAAAAUGAUGAAUUCCCACUUCCUGGAUGGGAAUCUGGUACCCCUGGAAGGGAAGGAAGUGGAUGAAUCUCGCAGAGAGAUGAUCCGGAUUCUCAAGGAUCUGAAGCAAAAGCAUCCGGAGAAGGAUUUAGAUCAGUUGGUGGAGAUGGCCAAUUACUAUGCUCUUUCCCACCAACAGAAGAGCCGCGCCUUCUACCGGAUCCAGGCCACCCGCAUGAUGACUGGUGCAGGCAACAUCCUGAAGAAACAUGCAGCAGAGCAAGCCAAAAAGGCAUCCAGCAUCACUGAGGUGCACACUGAGGAGCCUGAGGACUUUAUCUGCAAGGUCUUCUUUGACCCAUGUUCUUACCAGUGCCUGGAGAACUGUGGGGCCGUACUCUUGACAGUGGUAAGGAAAGGGGGAGACAUGUCCAAGACCAUGUACGUGGACUACAAAACUGAGGACGGUUCUGCCAAUGCCGGAGCUGACUAUGAGUUCACAGAGGGCACUGUGGUUCUGAAGCCAGGAGAGACACAGAAGGAGUUCUCUGUGGGCAUCAUUGAUGAUGACAUUUUUGAGGAAGAUGAACACUUCUUUGUACGGUUGAGCAAUGUCCGCCUUGAGGAGGAGCAGCUGGAGGAGGGGAUGUCUCCAGUCAUGCUCAACAAUCUUCCCUUGCCUCAAGCUGUCCUUGCAUCCCCCUGUGUGGCCACAGUGACUAUCUUGGAUGAUGACCAUGCAGGCAUCUUCACAUUUGAGUGUGAUACUGUUCAUGUCAGUGAGAGCAUUGGUGUUAUGGAGGUCAAGGUUCUGCGGACAUCAGGUGCCCGGGGCACAGUCAUCGUUCCCUUUAGGACAGUAGAAGGGACAGCCAAGGGUGGUGGUGAGGACUUCGAAGACACUUAUGGGGAGCUGGAAUUCAAGAAUGAUGAAACCAUGAAGACCAUAAGGGUUAAAAUAGUAGAUGAGGAGGAAUACGAAAGGCAAGAGAAUUUCUUCAUUGCCCUUGGUGAACCGAAAUGGAUGGAACGUGGAAUAUCAGGAGAAAGAACUUUAAAUGGUGUAGUUGGUGCUGACACCCGAGAGACAGGCGCUGGACGGUUCAAGGACACCUGCUUUUGCUUGACAUCUACAAAGGUGACAGACAGGAAGCUGACUAUGGAAGAAGAGGAGGCCAAGAGGAUAGCAGAGAUGGGAAAGCCAGUGUUGGGUGAACACCCUAAACUAGAGGUCAUCAUUGAAGAAUCCUAUGAGUUCAAGACUACAGUGGAUAAAUUGAUCAGGAAGACAAACUUGGCCUUGGUUGUGGGAACCCAUUCCUGGCGGGAUCAGUUCAUGGAGGCUAUCACCGUCAGUGCAGCAGGGGAUGAUGAUGAUGACGAAUCUGGGGAGGAGAGACUACCCUCCUGCUUUGACUAUGUCAUGCACUUCCUGACAGUCUUCUGGAAGGUGCUGUUUGCCUGCGUGCCCCCCACGGAGUACUGCAACGGAUGGGCUUGCUUCGUCGUCUCCAUCCUCAUCAUCGGCAUGCUGACCGCCAUCAUUGGGGACCUGGCCUCCCACUUUGGCUGCACCAUUGGUCUCAAGGACUCAGUCACAGCUGUUGUGUUUGUGGCAUUUGGCACCUCUGUGCCAGACACCUUUGCCAGCAAAGCUGCCGCCCUCCAGGACGUGUACGCAGAUGCUUCCAUCGGCAACGUCACGGGCAGCAACGCCGUCAACGUCUUCCUGGGCAUUGGCCUGGCCUGGUCCGUGGCCGCCAUCUACUGGGCCAUGCAGGGACAGGAGUUCCACGUGUCGGCUGGCACGCUGGCUUUCUCUGUCACCCUCUUCACCAUCUUCGCGUUCGUCUGCAUCAGCGUGCUCCUGUACCGGCGGCGGCCCCACCUGGGCGGGGAGCUCGGGGGCCCCCGCAGCUGCAAGCUGGCCACGACGUGGCUCUUUGUGAGCCUGUGGCUGCUGUACGUACUCUUCGCCACGCUGGAGGCCUAUUGCUACAUCAAGGGGUUCUGAGCCACAUGGCAAGGCCUCCCGGCAGGGCAGGCCUAGAACUUCUCCAAAGGGAAGGGCAUGGCCCGACCCGUGCCCUCUCCAGGAUGAGCAGCCCUGGGGAGGCAGCAGCUGGCCCUGAGCCCCGGAAUCCACCCGACCUAAGCCCUGGCAGUGCACCAAGAGGGCCAAGUCUUAUUCCGCCAAGGAAGGCAGCACCCACUCUCCAAAGCAGUUGAUUAAACACAAGCCCACAGCAGCAACAGAGCCACCUGCACCUCAUCCUCCCACCCACACCCUUUCACCGCCUCCUCUUCCACCUGGUUAUCCCUUGGCCUGUCAUUCAUUUGAGGGCACUGAGCCCAUUCCAUUCAUCAUGAUUCUGGCACUGCGCUGACCAGACAUGGGCAUAAGUCAGGGCCGUGCGGCUGGUUGACAGUUCUCUCGUCCUUGGAAUCACUCUCGUGGUUGCUUUUUGUCUAUAUCCGGUGUGGCUUGUCAUUUCCUUCCAUGUUGUCUUUCUCAUGUUAGUGUCCAAGGCAUCGUGGAGGGGCUGCUGCUCUGAGCUAGCCGAGAGGGGCACGGAUUUGCAAAUACACGCCUUCCGACUCUCCCAAGCUGUCCCCUGGCUCAGGUGAGGUCCUGCCCCGCCCUGCCUCUUUAUCUCUGAGUUCCUUGGGAACUGUGGUGACUGGCUAGAUGUCAGCAGGUGCACCCCCGUAGAGGGGGACGUAAGAAGGAGCCCUAUAUGCUUGCGCGGAAAUCAAGCCAAAAGCUAACAGCACUGAACCUUCUCCCUGCCCAAGCCUUGCUAAUUCUGUCUGUCUCCUUGGGUUCCGUGUCUGUAUGUGUAUUCUUCUGCAGGAAUACCCGCCCCGUGGGAGAGAUAGGACAAAAAUAGGGAAGGCACAUGAUAACAGAGAGAGGGCAGCCGAGAAAAGAAAGGACACAGGCCUUCUAGUUGUCUCCAAGGCAAGAGAGAAGACGUGUUCAGCCAGGGAGAUCUUCCAAAAGGGGUAAUGUUCCAUGUGAAACACCCAUGUUUCUAAGCAUGACAGGCUGGCUGCUCCCUCACGCCCUCAUGUGCCAUUUUCUAAGAAAGCUGGCUGUGUUUCUCGAAGGGAUACAAACACCCACAUGACCUCUCCCAGGGUCGUGUUUGCAAGCAUCUUCCCAAGGUGGGAACCAAACUUCCUUAUCUCUUCCAUCUUCCUGCUUGAUUUUAAACUUCAUGAACCUCUAUCCAACCUGUGGGGUGUUUCCUUGCCCCCACAAGAGGAAUCUCAUGCCAUAACCCCAGGGGGUCCUGGGUUUAUAAAAAGAGAGGUUACCAUGCCCUACAGAGCUUUGCCCAAGAGGUCUUGAAA